AAGCACAUGGACGAUUAAAGGGCUUGAGACAGUUCUAAAAUUAAAUGCAAAGUAACCGGACUCAACUUUCCGACAAUGGGUAAAAGGGGUAAAGGGAAACGGCAACAGAGCCGUGCCGUGGUACAGUAUGACUCAGAUGACGAGAAGCGGUAUGCUAAUGAGGCGACCCCUGACCCCACUGCAGAGGAUUUUUUCCAUGAUGAAGUGGAUCAAUUUCAUCUGGACAAGGAAAAGAUUCUCUUGGCCAAGGGUGUGAACAUGGAGCCAGCAGAACUCAGCUCUGAUGAUCAGGAGGAAGUUCUCGGCCUGGGACUGGGGGAGGAGUCUGGUGACGAUGAUGAGGAGAUAGCCGGUUACAAGAAGACACUACGUAAUCUCAAACAUGUGACGUCCAGGAAAGACGAACUGGGCAGUGAUAUUGAAGAGGACAGGGAAGGUUACGGUGAACGUGUGUGGGGCAACAGGAAAUCCAAGUAUUACGGAGCUGAUGUGGAUGAUGAUGACAUAGACAUCAGUGGCUCUGAAGGGGAAGAAGGCACUGCGGCUCUGGAGGAAGAGGAAGCCCUGGCUCUGCAGAGGAAAAUGGCAGAGCAGCUGGAUGACCAGGAUUUUGGGCUGGAUAGUUUUAAGCCAAGUAGUAAGAACCUGUCCAGUAAGACUGAAGGGGAGAAGAUCUCCCAGGAUUUGUCCAAAGUUUCAAAGAGGGAAAAACUGGAGCUCUUGGAAAAGCAGUCACCGGAGCUCUUGGAGCUCAUUGAAGACUACGUUGUCAAGAUGACCACCGUGAAGGAUGUCCUGCAGCCACUGCGGCGUCUCAUCCAGAGUGGCCAGCUGCCUACCGGCAAAGCAGCCGACUAUGUCGACUCCAAGUUCAGUCUGUAUCUCAACUAUUGUGUCAACAUAAGUUUCUACAUGAUGCUGAAGGCCAAAUGUACCCCAGUGGAAAACCAUCCUGUUGUCAAGCGUCUACUUCAGUAUAGAAAUCUAAUAAAGCAGAUGGAACCGUUAGAUAAGCUGCUGAAACCCGAAAUGGACGCCAUCUUGGAGCGGGUACACAGAGGGGAGGAGCUUAUGAUACAACCCUCUGCUCCUACAGCUGCCAAAAGCUCACGGAAGGCAGAUGUGCAGCUGAUGAAGGCUGCUCUGGACAGCACAAACCCCAAGAGGCUGUCUGAGCUGAUUUCAGACUCGGAGGACGACGAUCAAUCAGGGGGUGACACUGGUAGAGGAGGGAGGUCAAAGAAAAAGAAGAAAUCAGAGGAUGGUCAGUACAUGACAAGAGAUGAGGCUGCAGCUUUGGAGUACUACGAAAUGAUGAAAGGUGGCAGGAAGUCUGAUCUCAUGCCAGAGGAUUAUGGGUAUGAGUUUACUUCAGAAUCUGAUAUACACCAGAGGAGAUGGGUGAUAUUGAAGCAGAAGGGGGAGAUAACUGGGGAUAUUAUGGCUGAGGAGGGGGAUGGAAAACGUGCUAUCACUUACCAGAUUGCCAAGAACAAAGGCUUAACUCCUCAUCGCAAGAAAGAACAGAGAAACCCCAGAGUGAAGCAUCGUAUGAAGUACCGAAAAGCCAAGAUACGCAGAAAGGGCAUGAUUCGUGAACCCCGAAAGGAGAUAAACCCAUAUGCGGGCGAGUUGUCCGGGAUACGUGCUGGAGUCAAGCGCAGUAUCCGUCUGAAGUAGACCAUGAUAUCAGAGGUCACAUGACCAGAGAGGAAUUGUUACGCUUUUGUCUGUGUUCAGAAAAGCUCAGUUGUUUGUGUACACGUACAUUGUCUUUCUCUGACACAUCUGUGAUGAUUUCAUUCUGUAGGGCACCCUGGUUUUGUUACUGUAGGUCUAACCAUGAAACUGACAAAACGACAAUCAAGUAAGGAUUGAAAUACGUUUAGCACUAUUUUUGCCAAAGUAUGGCUUUAGAACUGAAGUACCCUAAAUGAUGUAACAUUUCACCCACAAAAGUGCAUUUUUAGACAAAUAAAUGUCACAAAAAAUUAUUUUUGGUGCUGAAACUUACAAUUUCCAAGUAAAAUAUCAUCCCAUGUUCCUAGCAAAUCUCAAAACACCUGUCUAAAACUCUCAGAAUCAGGAAAACAGGGUAAGUUAGUCAGAAAUUUAUGGUCUUUUAGGGUACCCUAAAUCUUCUAAUUUUUGUGGGACAGAUAGUAGUUGUGUUGAAAGUAAUAUAUUACAUGUGUUGAAAGUAAUAUAUUACAUUCCUUUUCAGCCUUUUGGAAAAAUAAAGAUUUGAGUAUGUUGUUCAUUAGAUGGUCUAACCGUGUUAGAAAAAAAGAAACUCAAUAUUCCUGCCACAAUUACAUAUAUGUUGGCUAAGUUGACCUAAUCAAGUAUCCCAAAAAUUAGAAGAAAUAGGGUACCUCUUUAACAGCUGUCCCAUGAAGGGAAAAAAUUGAAGCACCAUCAAGCCAAGAAAAAAAUUAUGUCAUUCAAACUGAGACAAGUGUUGUUAUUUUAAGAAAUACAUUUAAUUUGUUGGUAAUGGUUCAUUGUGAUAGGUUAAAGUCAAACUUGACUUUAUAUUGACAACUUUCAUUUUUGUUUUAUUCUGCUGUUUUUCUCUGGUGCAGUGCUAUUAGUAUACUUGAUAGUCAGCUGUUGAUAUUUCUUAUGGGAUGUGUUAGUGGUAUUCAGAAUUCCUGUGAUUGUCUUUCAUGUUCUUU